AUGGGAAUUUUAAAAAAUAUCGAAGGUGAUGGACAUGACAUUGAAAAUGUCAAUUCUAUAACACUUAUUGAUCCAUUGAUACAUGUCGACGAUACAACAUCAUCAUCAAGUGAAGAUGAAGAUAUACAAGAAAAUGUGGUUAUAUCAGCUCUACCAACUAUUACACCUGUUCCACUUACAUCUACACGAACACCUAAGGUUAAAAAAACUGUUUCAAAAAUUCCAAAACCAAUAUUACAUGUAAAAAAUAUUGGUGGUAAACAAAGCCAAGGACAUCGACAAGCCCGACGUCAUGAAAAUAUGUGUUUUUUACUUAAUCUUGCAACUGAUUUGGAUGAAGAUUUUGCUGAAGUCAAUAUCAAUGAUCUUGUUGAUACAACCAUCUCAGCAUUUGCACAACUUUUAUUAAGUAAAAAUAAAAUGAAAAUUUGGCAAGAAUUUGUUGAAUUACCUGAACGUCAACAAGAACGUAUUGUUAAGGUUGCAACUGAUAAAAAGCAAAAUAAGAAGAAAAAAGAAAGAUUAAAUAAUAAUCUUAAUAUAACAUCAACAAGUUGCAGUAGCGAUGAAAAUCUUGAAACAUUCGUUCUGAUUGAAAAUCGUACAACUACUAAUGAUCAUGAUUCGAUGAAUAUCUUACAUCGACAAGAAGAAGCUGAUACAUGUUUUCGUCGUAUUGAUCCAAAUAUUCGUUAUACAUUAAAGAGUAUGAUUAAACGACAUCAUUUACCUUUCGAACGUAUAAAUUGGUUUGAAGAUGAUGUCAUACCAUUUUUUAAGGAAAAUCCUGAUUCAGUUUAUUUACGAGAUUUAACUAAUGGUUUCGAUCGUAUGUUACUUCAUGCGGUUUGUCAAUAUUUGAAUUUGAUUUCAAAAAGUUUUACUCGAGAUGGCGAAAGAUAUACUCAAGUUGAAAAUCGUCGUAUGGAAUUUAUUCCGCCCAUAAUGUUACUUUCGGAAUAUGUUAAAACAAUGAAUGGAACAAUGAAUGCACCAGCAACAUUUGAAUCAUUUUUAUUAUUAGAUGGAGAAAAGAAAAUUAUUGUUGAAAAAGAUACAAAAGUACCAAAUGCAGUUGUGUUUACUAUUGCGAAAGAAGAUCAUACAUUAGCAAAUAUGCUUCGAGCACAAUUAUUAAAAGAUCCACAAGUUAUAUUUGCUGGUUAUAAAAUUCCACAUCCACUUGAAAAUAAAGUUAUUCUACGUGUACAAACAUCUGGUCAUGAAUAUUCUCCAAUAAAUGCGAUGGAAAAUGCGAUAAAAGAUUUAAUUUUUGAAAUAAAUAUUCUAGAAGAUAGAGUUAGAUCAGCUAUUACGAAUAGACAAAGUGCUGAAUAA